AAAAUAGCUUUGGAAGUCGGCGGGUCAAAUAUUCCUUGGGCAGAAAGAGUGCCAACUACAAUUGAUGAAACUCCCACUAAAGUGUUAUGUUUGACAAAGGCUGUUACUUCUGAUCAGUUGAGGGAUGAUGAGGAAUAUGAAGAAAUAUUGGAAGACAUGCGGGAUGAGUGCCGCAAAUUUGGAGCUUUGGUGAAUGUUAUUAUUCCGCGACCGAAUCCUGGCGGAGAGCUGCCUCCGGGUAUUGGAAAGGUGUUCUUGGAAUACUCUGAUAACGCUGGUUGUUCCGCCGCAAAAAAUGCUCUACAUGGUAGGAAAUUUGGUGGCAAUGUUGUGACUGCCGUUUAUUAUUCUGAAGAGAAGUAUCACAGUAUGGACUAUGGAGUAUGAUGUAAAAGAUAGAUAGUUAUGUAGCCACAGUGAUUAAUGUCUGUCUGUAAAGUAGAUCUGUUUUCCUUAGAGGAACUCAACGUGUACUCUUUUAAACUGAAUUUGUCAAAUUUAAUCGAUUAUAGUACUUGUCACUAUAAUGCAUAGAUUCAAACUGUUGUUAUCAGCGUGUAAAAUUGGAGGAAAAAAACCCCUAUUUUUAAUGUUUUAUUAUUACAAAUCUUGAGGAACGAUUUGAUUCAGCAUUGUUUCAUUUGGAAGUAAA